CAAAAUACACCUUGAAAUUUAGAGUUUGGAGAACCCAUUCACUCUCUCUGUCUCUCACAGACUGCGUCAACCGCGCGACGCCUCUUCCCUCUCCGUCUUCAGUUUUAGAAUAAGAAAUGGGUAGCGCGAAGAAGAAGGCUCAGAUGUUUGUAAAACUUGUGUCUUCUGCUGGAACUGGGUUCUUCUAUGUUAAGAGGAAACCAAGACAGUUUACAGAGAAACUUGAGUUUCGAAAGUAUGAUCCCAGAGUUAAUCGUCAUGUUCUGUUUACAGAGGCUAAAAUGAAGUGAUAUAGGUCACCUUUCGUCGCUUCUCUCUGAUGUAAUGUAACCAUUCUGUACUGCUUUUGAGACAAUUAUCGCAUUUGGUACAAGUACAACUGUUUGAAUAAUGCUAAUCUUUUUUUUUUCUUUUCAGACUAUGUUAUUUUUUGUUUAGGCUGAUUAUUAGUAUGUAGUACUAUUUGUGGGUGUUUGUUUGAAUUCGUCUACAUUCAUUUCUAGGAAUAACUUUCCAUGAAAUUUAAUGAUGAAAUCUGAGUCCUUGGUUUCUUAA